AUGGCCGAUGAUGAAGUGAUACGUAGACAGCUUUUAAUUGAAGGAGAGAGUGGCGGAGAUGAUCGUCGAAUCAACACCCUCCUCAAGAUGUUCAUCAAAUGGUGUAAUAGUAACUCCUCAGAGGAAGAGAGGAGUGCUGAUGUAAUCUAUGUAUAUUUGGUUUGCGAGUUGAGUAUUCAAGAGGCACAUACUAAGAUAACAGCUUGCAAACAGAAAGUACAGGAGGCCAAGAGAGUCCGUAAGAACAGACAAGAGUACGACGCCCUAGCUAAAGUGAUUAAGACCCAACCGGACAGGCAAGAAACAAUGAAGAAACUAGAAGAUCUGGAUAAAGAUCCACCCUGUAACAGUAAGCAGUCUCUGCAGCAGAAGCUCGAGGACAGAAAAAAAACAGUUCCACGUUCUCAUCAGUUCUAUCCAAGAAUUACAGAGAAUUCUAGACGAGGAUGACAAAGGGCUUGAAAUUCAAAUGGAUACCACACUAGACAGCUCCAUGGAUACAAGCGUCGGUGAGAAACGGUAGCGUCAAAAGAACAUUUUUGUAAAAAGGACAAAGUCGCUUGGAUUUUGGCUACCAUCAUCACAAAUUCUUGGGACUCUGCGUGGAUGUCUUGAAGUUUGUGAAUGCAUCUUGGAGAUGUCACCACAGGAUGUUUUAUUUUUUGCGGAAUAUUGGUUGUUGUUUUGUCUGCUGACUGACCUGGAAAUUCCAAUGGACCAUGGAUUUUGGAUCACCUUAAUUUGAGUAUAAUCACCAGAAGUAAAGGCCAUUGUGACACAUGAGCCAGGGGCCGAUUUCACAAAGAGCUAAAAUUGAUUGCAACUGCAAAUCAGUCAUAGUUGCUUAGUAAAGUGUGAUGU